AUGUUUAUUAAAGAAUUUUAUGAUAUUGAUGAUUGUAUUGCUUGGAUUCAAUGUGAAAAUUCUAGAACAAUUUUUCUAAUUAUCUUGACGAAUGAACUCGAUGAUUGUAUUUCAUAUAUAGCUGAAUUCGAUGCAAUAAAUGCACUAUAUAUUAUCACAGAUGCAGAAUAUCAGCAAAAAAUGCAAACGAAACCAACAUAUCUGAAGUUUAGUGGAACCAUUUGUAACUAUGAAAACUUAUUCGAAAAACUAACAACAGAUAUUUGUUUCUAUCGUCAAAGUCGAAUACAUUUACUAACUAUGAAUAUAUUCAAAAUCGAUUCACAUAUUUUAGAUAAGCUUAGUAAAGAUCAAAUUGAUAUAAUUCGUUUUCACUUUUUUACUGAUAUACUUCCACAGUUAUCGAUUCAAUUAAGAUCAACUAGUUUUGAUAGUGACAAAAUAAGCAUUGAUUCAUUACCUUCUUAUUUGAUGGAACUAAAUUGCACGAUCAAAAAUUUAUUCAAACAAUCUGAUAGUUUUAAAUUUGAAGAAUCGAUUCAAUCAUUGAAAAUAAUCAGCCAAUUUAUUACAUCAUUAUCAGAGCAAGUUAAAUCAUCUACAUUUACUGUUUAUCGAUGUCAAUUAAUGUCAAAAGCAGAUUUAAAACUUAUGCAAACUAAUAAUAAUAUAUUGCUAAGCCCACAAAGUUUUAUUUUAGCUUCACGUUCAAUUCACUCGAUUCUGAAUUUAUGUUGUCGAGCUGUUGAUAAUCGCCUAUCUGUUAUUCUUUUCGAAAUAAAACUAUCGGAGAAGACACCUGUUGUAUAUUUGGAUUCGGAUCUGAUCUUACUUAAUCUUGGUAUUCUUUUUCGAUUAGUAUCGAUAGAUUUACGACCUGAUGGUAUUUUCCAUGCUCAACUUGAACUAGCCAAUGCAGUAAUCGAACAUAUCAAAGAACAAAUUCAAUGUAAGCUCAGUGCUCGUCUUACAUGGUUAACAUUUGGUAAUUAUCUAAUGGUUUUAAAAGAUAAUAAAAUUGCUGAAGAAUAUUAUCGUUGUCUGUUAAAUAUGAUUUCACCUGAUCAUCCGAGUCUUGUAUCGAUUUACAAUAAUAUGGGUUUAAUGUACAUGACGAUGAAGAAAAAUCAACAAGCAUUGGAAUAUUUGGAAAAAGUAUCUACAUUUCCAAGUCAAUCUACUCUAAAUGUAACUGAACCAAAUGAUUCAUCGAUGUCAAUUAUACGAUUUUCUCAUGAAACGGCUGCUAAUAGAUCAUCAACACUAAAUAAAAUAGCAGAAGUUAGCUAUCAUCUAGGAGAUUAUUCAACAGCACUUGAUUGUUAUCAACAACUAUUCGAUAUGGAAGAUGAUAAAAACUUACGUGAAUUUUAUCGAUCUAAAAUUGAAUUUCUCUCAUGUUUUUGUCAUAAAUACUAA